AUGGGGCUGGCGCACGCAGAGCGCGCUUUGGCACCAGGCUGGCGCCGGGCUGCGGGGCACCUGCCCCCAACACGCCCUCUGGAAAUCGCCGGGGUGGGGGGCGCUCGCCUCCUCCUGCUGCUGCUGCUCCGGCCCGGGCGCGCGUGCCCCGCGGGCUGCGCCUGCACCGACCCGCACACCGUGGACUGCCGCGACCGCGGGCUGCCCAGCGUGCCCGACCCUUUCCCCCUGGACGUGCGCAAGCUCCUGGUGGCCGGCAACCGCAUCCAGCACAUCCCCGAGGACUUCUUCAUUUUCUACGGCGACCUGGUAUACCUGGACUUCAGGAAUAACUCCCUGCGCUCCCUGGAGGAGGGCACGUUCAGCGGCUCGGCCAAGCUGGCCUUCCUAGACCUCAGCUACAACAACCUGACCCAGCUGGGCGCCGGCGCCUUCCGCUCGGCCGGGAGGCUGGUCAAGCUGAGCCUGGCCAACAACAACCUGGCGGGCGUGCACGAGGACGCCUUCGAGACCCUGGAGUCGCUGCAGGUGCUGGAGCUCAACGACAACAACCUGCGCAGCCUCAACGUGGCCACCCUGGCCGCGCUGCCCGCUCUGCGCACCCUGCGCCUGGACGGGAACCCCUGGCUCUGCGACUGCGACUUUGCCCACCUCUUCUCCUGGAUCCAGGAAAACGCAUCCAAGCUGCCCAAAGGCCGCGAGGAGAUCCAGUGCUCCCUGCCCCUGGGCAACAGGAGGGUAUCCCUGCACGAGCUGUCUGAGGCCAGCUUCAGCGAAUGCAGGUUCAGCCUGUCACUCACAGACCUGUUCAUCAUCAUCUUCUCGGGCGUGGCCGUGUCCAUCGCUGCCAUCAUCUCCAGCUUCUUCUUGGCCACCGUGGUGCAGUGCUUCCAGAGGUGCGCGCCCAACAAGGACACGGAAGACGAGGACGAGGAUGAGGACGACUGAGCCGCCCCCUCCCUUCCUGGCUUGCCAGAGCCCAGGCAGGGCUCCUCUCCACGAGGAGAGGGAAGAGGGGAGGCGGGAAGUGGGAAGGAGUCAACCUGCAGCGCCCAGAACAGCACCUGUCCCCAGGGGCCCGCUGUGCACCUGGCCCGCCCCUGGCCACACCCCCUGGGCACCAGCUGAGUCCUCCCAUCUCAGAGUUUGGAACCUGUGGGGCAGGAGGAGCCCACGAGGGAUUCUGGGGGGCGGGGGGUCCUGCCUCCCUGCCUGAGGUGCGAGAAUGGGGGAGGAGAGGAUGAUGUCAGGCUUCCCCGAUGAUGGCUGAACCCCAAGCCAGGGGCUUCACUUGUAGCUUGCAGAGACUUGUAGCUCCCACCGCCCAUCUGGUUUGUGCACCUGUUCUCUGGCCUGGACUGGAGGACGGAGCAGCGGCCUCCUCCUUCCGGGAUGCGGCAGCUCGGAUGGGGACCCCUGUGCAGGGUGCUGUCCCUGGAGUGAGGCUUCUCCUGCUGUAAUGGGCUUCAGCAGCCUCGGGAGGUUGGCGAAAGGGGCACCGAGGGAAAAGCUCAGGCCAGCCGAAGGGUGUUUGUUGCUGUAUUUUGAUGAGCAGGUGAGGAAGACUUUCACUGGCAGAGCUCACACCCUCAUCCUCAGCCUCAGAGGAAGCAGCUUGUAGAAGGACGGUGGGUCCAUGUGCCCUGUCACUCUGCCCCCUGAAAUACAGCCAGUUGUCCCUCUUCCCCAGCCCCCUCCCUGGUCCCCCGACUUUGAGUCCUUCCUCAGCCAGCUAAUGCCUGACCGGCUUCCGUGCUGGCACCGGUCCGGACUUAUCUCCAGAACUUGCAGCAAACUGUUCUCGAGGCCAGGAUUCCAAAAAGCAGGUUGCAUUGGACCAACAAAAUGUUAAAAACAAAACAAAACAAAAAAUCCCCAAACCUGGGACGUGCCUCUGAGAACCCUCCCUCCCUCAGUGGCCUUCGGGUGUGUGUGUGACAUUUCUUGGGAGCUCAGGUUGUGACAGGCCCUGCUUUCCUGGAUGUGCAAGACAGCACUUUGGGGCAGAGAUAAUACGAAACCAUGUCACACGCCUGGCAGGCUGAUACCAGGUGACAGUGUUCACAGCAUCAGACCCUGCUGGGGACCAAGACGUAGACGGGGCACAAGAGAAGCCCCUGGGGUGUUUCUGGGAAAUACCUCUCCAUUGUUUCUCACAAUAUAUUCCUUCU